AUGGCCCAAUCCACCGCCCACCGCCGGCUCCUCCAAGAGUACCGCGCCCUGACAAACAACCCCCCAGAAGGCAUCACCGCCGGCCCCGUAUCCGAAGAUGACCUCCUUCACUGGGAGGCCCUGAUCCAAGGCCCCGAGGGAACACCCUUCGAAGGCGGCGUCUUCCCCGCCGAGCUCAAGUUCCCCAAGGACUACCCUCUCGCCCCACCGACCAUGAAGUUCCUCGUCGACAUGUGGCAUCCGAAUAUCUACCCAAGCGGCUUAGUCUGCAUCUCCAUCCUCCACCCCCCAGGCGACGACCCAAACCACUACGAACACGCCUCGGAGCGCUGGUCCCCGAUCCAGUCGGUCGAGAAGAUCCUCAUCUCCGUCAUGAGCAUGCUCGCCGAGCCAAACGACGAGAGCCCCGCCAACGUCGAGGCUGCAAAGAUGUGGCGCGAGCGGAGGACGGAGUACGAGCAAAAGGUUCGCGACGGCGUCCGGCGGUCGCUGGGUCUGUGA